CUGGAACAUGUAAUUUUACAACAUUAGUAGUUUAUAAAACCGAGUAGCAAAGCAACUGAAAGUGUAGCCUGUCUUCAAGUGCUGUUGGGAGCAUGCUAGCACUGUGCCUGUUAUUGUGCGUUCUGGCGUCUGCCACCGGCUUGGGUCUACCCGAUUACAUACAGUCUUGUUCAAGAAAUGACCCAAAUUUAAACGCGUGUGCCCUGAAAUCUGCGAGAGAAUCUCUACACCAGUUCUCCAUGGGUGACCCGAACAGGGGUCUAGACCCGCUGGACCCGCUUUUCGUGCCUGUGAUGACAGUCUACGUUCCCAAUGAAAACGGCCUUAAACUUGUCUUUAGUGAUAAUUCCUUUAGCGGGCUUUCAGUGCUGCGACUUGAUGAUUUGAAGUUUGAUCUCAACAAGAAAAUGAUAAUAGCCGAUGCUUUGGUAAAUUUGGACGUCACUAGCAAAUAUGAUCUCAGUGGGAAACUACUGGUAAUUCCUAUCAAAUCGUCUGGCGAUUCCUCUAUUAAGCUUAAAAAUGCAAAUCUUCACAUUCGCUUCUGGUACGAGCAUGUCGAUGGCGACGAUGGAAAAAUUCAUUGGAAAAUAACAAAACACGAUAUUCAAUAUGAAGUGGAAAAGGCUAGUUUUCGUCUAGAAAACUUAUUGAAUGAUAAAAAUAUUGGAGACCAAGUGAACCGGUUCCUAAACGAAAUGUGGCGAGAGAUAGUAGCAGACGUGGGCCCGUCCAUCUGUCAGUCUCUGAGCGCGGCCGUAGUCCAAAACCUGGACAAACUUCUUGCUCAAGUUCCCUACGACGACCUUUUACCAGAAUAAAAUUAAUAAAAUAUAGUAUGGCCAGGAAUUCGUGUAGCUAAAAAGAGUGGCCAAUUAAUAAAAGAAGGUGUGGAAGUUAUGACCCAUUACAACGCCUGAUUCUAUUCGUUAUAAUUUUGAAUUUUGCGCCUUUUCCUAGUGAACGCCACGAACCGCUCGGUCACUUCAUUUAAUGAAGGCGAUAAGCGGCAAAGGCGAGCUUUGAGCAGCCCAGCGAGAUGAUGAUAUGUAACUUAACUCUCGUUGCCACUGAUUCUGCUUGCCGUCGCCACACAAUUGUUUGGCUGGACUAAAUCUACGCAAGCGCUACUUAUUGGUGGCAGCAUGGUUGUAUUUUUAUUUCCUGUCACUAUGCCUAUCACUUUCGCACUUACAGACUUGUUAGAACGUGACAGGCUUGGUGACAGGCGAUAAAAAUACGACCGUACAACCACCGCAUGUACGUACAACCAAGGUCAAAGAUAUCGAUGCGUUCGAAUGGCCAAUUCUUUGUUUAUCUUCUUCAGCUGUAAAUCUUGGGAGAACUAUGUGGACUUACCCUAAUCUUAUCUUUGAAUUUACACAUCAUAAACAAAAAAUUUAUAUUUAGAUACACUUAUUGUCCUAUUCUUAAGAGCAUGUAUGUAAAUAUUUUAUGGCAUUCUGCCUAAUAUCUAAUACUGUUAUCAUUGAACUUGAUUGUGUACUGGCACGAGAUUUUUACAUAAUAAUAAUUACAGCACCUCAA